AUGCCCUUCUUCCAGCCGCCGAAAUUGGGCAAAUCUAAGUGCAGUUCCGGGGCCUACAAAGCACCGGCCUACAUUAGCUGGGACACGCUUCUUGGAGGUGCAGUACUUACCAGAGCCGACGAGAUACCUCCACAACCCCCACAGAGUCCAACAGCAAAUCCGGUGGACAUGAGGCGCAAACAGCAAAAGCCCUCGCACGGAGAUGUCCAGGACUCAAGGGACAUAAGCACAAUGCUGCAAAAGUCGGCACCAUCCAAAAUGGCGGCCGGGGAGAGCGGGAGCACGAGGAACACCUCAGACAGGAUGGAACACAAGGGGACACAGGCCACAUUGGUGAGGGAUGAAAUGGGCACCACACAUCUUGACUCCAUAACCAGCAACCUAGCCACUAAGCAGGACUUACAAACCCUCUUACUGAACAUACAGAAACUACUGGCAGCGGACACAGCGGCAAUUAAAAAGGACGUUCAGCAGGUCACAGACCGCAUCAGUGCCACAGAGAAUGACAUACAAGAUAUCCACACAGAGAUAUCAACCAUUCAAAACACCCUAAGCAAACUUCAGUCCGCUAACCAGGUACUUACCUCACAAAUUUCAGCGGUAGAAGACCGCCACAGGCGUAAUAACAUCAAGAUUCGCAGGGUCCCUGACACAGUAACAGCAGAGUAACUGCCCCACUACCUGCGACGCCUAGUUGCCUCUGUGCUACCGGCCCCAGCGGCUAGAAGAUUUACUAUUGACGGGGCGUAUCGCUUACCUGGACCCACCAAGGCACAACCAGCUGCCCCCAGGUAUAUUAUCUUCCGCUGCAUAUCACAUCAGGACAAAGGACACUUGCUGACAGCCCUGAGGGACAAAACCCCAUAUACAUUUGAAGACCCCCAGCUCACAGUCUACCAGGACCUCACAAGGGCCACCCUACAAUGGCACAGAUCUCUACAACCUAUCACAUCUCAACUACGCACGGCAGGGAUCGCAUACAGGUGGGGGACCCCACGAUCCCUACUGGUAUCACACGAAGGAGCCACACACAAGCUGGGAACUGUCUCCGAAGGACCAACGCUCCUGACCGCACUGGGUCUACACAUGCCCACCGCUAUCCCAUCUGGUCCGCCGAACCCUGGGGGCUGGGAUCCAGCUAACAUUGUGAAAUUUGAACCAAGAACUGGUGCAGCCGCACCCCCACCAACCUGACUAUAUAACAUGCUACAGAAAAUCGCACCAAGGCUGUUACCCAUAGUGUGCCUGCGUUUCCUUAAUGUUUGCUUGUUUUCUUUUUCUUUCAUGUUAUCCACAGAUGUUCUACAGCUCUCUCACACUCUUGACCACCUGGCCAACCAUGAAAUACCACCUGGCCCACCACGCUAACGCAGCACGAGCGAUAUAG